GUGAGAGAGAGAUUGUGUUGAGUUGCAAAAAUGAUGAUCCAUGUAUUAUUUUUUGUCCUGCAUUUUUUGAGUACUCAUAUUUGCCAUAAAGUUGAAGGAACUCAAACUAUACUAAAGGAAGAUUUGGAGUUGGAGAGACAACUUCGACUUAUUAAUAAGCCUCCAUCAAAAAGUAUCCAUACGGAGUUUGGAGACAUUAUUGAUUGCAUUGACAUUUACAAACAACCAUCAAUGGAUCAUCCUUUAUUAAAGGACCAUAAAUUACAGAGAAAACCCAACUUUCAUACUGGGUUUGGACAAUCAAGUAAGAAAAAUUUAGAAACUAAAUUCAUGUUUGAAUUGAGUAAAGAUGAAUGUCUGAAAGGGACUGUUCCUAUACUUAGAACAACAAAGGAGGACCUUAUUCGAGAACAAUCAAUGUUAAACGAUCAUAUAUUGAUUAAAGACCUUCCUGGUGUUCAUUUUGCAGAAUUUUUUCUUAGACCACGUUAUGCUCCUUAUUACGGAGUGGCAGGAACAAAUAGUAUUUAUAAUCCACAUAUUGAUUCAAAGUUUCAAAUCUCUAUGUCUCAUAUAUGGGUUGAAAGCGGAACAGUAGAAUCUACUAAUAAAAUCUCAUUAGGAUGGCAUGUGGCUCCAGAACUAUAUGGUGAUUAUUCAUCUCAUAUUUAUACCUCGUGGACGGUAGAUAACUUCAAGAAGACAGGAUGUUAUAAUCUUCGAUGUGCAGGUUUUGUUCAAACAAACAAAUUAUUUCAUCUUGGUCAACGCAUAACCAAUGUAUCUAUCUAUGGUGGACCAACUAUUGACAGUUUCAUUGCUAUUUCUCAGGAUUCAAAAACCAAAAAUUGGUGGAUAAUUAUAAACAAUAAGUUUAUUGGAUAUUUUCCAGCAAAAUUGUUCACGAACAUGAGUUCAGCUGAUCAUGUAGGAUGGGGUGGAAGAACAAAAACUCGUCCUGGUACUGAUAGUCCUCAAAUGGGGUCUGGACAUUUUCCUGAAAACGGUGGUUGUUACUUUAGAGAAAUGUGGUUUAGAGAUGGAGGUGAUCUUCCUCGUGGACCUGAACCAAGUCAAAUUUAUCCUAUACUUGACAAACCUACUUGUUAUGAUAUUAAAAACUACGGAGAUAAAGGACGUCACUUUGGCUACUAUAUUGAGUUUGGAGGGCCUGGUGGUAGUUGUGGUGAUUAAUCUUUUUUCAAUUAUAUUUUAUAUCAAAUAAACAAAACUAUCACAAUAUAUCAAUUUUAUAUUAUUUUC